AUGGCGGCAGAUACUACACGAUACACACGACAUUUUUCUUCACAAUGUGGUUCAUUAUAUCCGAGGGAAUGCGAACUAUGCCUUCCACGCUUAAAAUUCCAUGAUCAGGCACAUUUUGCCCGGCAUUUACGUGUAGUCCACGACAAAAGAAGGAGGAUCCGUACAUUUGCCAGUCAUUAUGGCGAGAACAACGUUUGUCAGAAGCUACCAUUGGAAGGCGUUUCUGAUGACGACUACGAAACCCACAUACGUCGUGUACACUGCGGUUAG